CUGGUCUCCCCUAAGCUCCGGGACUCGGGCGAGUGAGCGGGACACCUCGGCAUUGUGGCUGGCGGCCUGAGCUGGAGAGGAUGCGGGAGCCCAACUGAGUGGCCAGUGGAGGAGAGCGCGGGCGGGCGGGCUGCCAGCCAGGAGGAGGAGGAGCUGUGGGCUGCGCUGCGCUGCGCUGACCGCACUCACUCGCAGCUCAACUUCGGAGAGAGCGGAGGGAGCCGCCAGAGCCCGCGGGCGAGGAGGGGCACGCAGUAGCCUGGCACCGGAGAGGGCAGCGGGCGCCGCCGCUCUCCUAGACCUAGGGCGGAGCAGCAGCAGCGGCGGUCUCCUUUACGCCGCCCCGCGCCCGGGGACCAGUUGUCCUUGUGCUCCCUGCCCCAAAGAGUGGCUGGCAGUGCCCCCAGGGUGGGCACGGGCUGGCGCGGCCGGGCGGCCGGGGGCCGGAGGUUGGAGGUACUCGGGAGGACGAGGACGAGAAGGAAGAGGCGGCGGCGGCGGCGGCGGCGGCGGCGAGGCUGGGGCCAGGGAGAGAUCCCCGGGGGAGAGGCGCCAGAGCCUGGCCGGGGAGCGAUGUUAGCUCGGAGCGCGGCGGCGGCGACAGCGGCCCCAACAGCGCAGGGGGCGCGCCUCCUGGUCCUGCUGCUGCUCUGGAACUUGAGGCUGUGCGGAGCAGGAAUCGAGUAUGGUGAAAUCUUGCCAGAUUCCUUCCCAUCUGCCCCUGCUGAGCCCCUGCCCCACUUCCUGCAGGAGCCCCAAGACGCCUACAUCGUGAAGAACAAGCCUGUGGAACUACUGUGCAGAGCCAACCCAGCCACCCAAAUCUACUUCAAGUGCAAUGGCGAGUGGGUCAACCAGAACGACCACCUCACCAAGGAGAGCCUGGAUGAGGUCACUGGUCUGCUGGUGCGGGAGGUACAAAUCGAGGUGUCCCGGCAGCAGGUGGAGGAGUUGUUUGGGCUGGAAGAUUACUGGUGCCAGUGUGUGGCUUGGAGCUCUGCUGGCACCACCAAGAGCCGCCGAGCCUAUGUCCGUAUCGCUUACCUACGAAAGAACUUUGACCAGGAGCCUCUGGGGAAGGAGGUGCCCCUGGAGCAUGAGGUUCUCUUGCAGUGCCGUCCCCCUGAGGGAGUCCCCAUCGCAGAGGUGGAGUGGCUGAAGAAUGAGGAUGUCAUCGAUCCCACCCAGGACACCAACUACCUGCUCACCAUUGACCACAACCUCAUCAUCCGGCAGGCCCGGCUCUCAGACACAGCCAACUACACCUGUGUGGCCAAGAACAUCGUGGCCAAACGUCGCAGUACCAUGGCCACCGUCAUUGUUUAUGUGAAUGGUGGCUGGUCCACCUGGUCCGAGUGGUCCCCUUGCAAUAACCGCUGUGGACGAGGCUGGCAGAAGCGUACCCGGACUUGCACCAACCCCGCUCCCCUCAAUGGAGGUGCCUUCUGUGAUGGGCAGGCCUUCCAGAAGGUUGCCUGUACCACUAUGUGCCCAGUAGAUGGAGCGUGGACGGAGUGGAGUAAGUGGUCAGCCUGUAGCACAGAAUGCACCCACUGGCGGAGUCGGGAAUGCACCGCCCCGCCGCCCCAGAACGGGGGCCGAGACUGCAGCGGGCUGCUCCUGGACUCCAAGAACUGCACCGACGGGCUGUGCACGCAGAAUAAAAGAGUUCUAACUGAACCCAAAAGCCACCGUGACUGUCAGAGGCAAGAUCUGAACCCAGACCUCUGUGAUUCUAAGCACAUAAUGGAGGCGACAGGGGACGUGGCUCUCUAUGCCGGUCUGGUGGUGGCCAUCUUUGUCUUCAUCGUCAUCCUCAUGGCUGUUGGGGUGGUGGUGUACCGGCGCAACUGCCGUGACUUUGACACAGAUAUCACAGACUCAUCAGCUGCCCUCACCGGAGGCUUCCACCCUGUUAACUUCAAGACGGCUCGACACAACAACCCACAGCUGCUUCAUCCAUCAGUACCUCCUGACCUUACCGCCAGUGCAGGAAUCUACCGAGGACCUGUGUUUGCCCUGCAGGACUCCUCUGAUAAGAUCCCCAUGACCAAUUCACCCCUGCUUGACCCCCUGCCCAGCCUGAAGAUCAAGGUGUACAACUCAUCCACCACAUCCUCCACCCCUGGCCUGCCCGAUGGAGCUGACCUGCUGGGAGUCCUGCCCGUGGGCACCUACCCGGGCGAGGGGAUCCGAGAUGCCCACUUCCUCAGCCUGCGUAAUGCCAGCCUUGGCUCCCAACAAACCCUGGGUAUGCCCCGAGAUCCUAGCAACUGUGCCAGUGGGACCUUUGGCUGCCUUGGCGGGAGACUGACCAUUCCUGGCACAGGGGUGAGCCUGCUGGUACCCAACGGGGCCAUCCCCCAGGGGAAAUUCUACGAGAUGUACCUGCUCAUCAACAAGGCGGAGAACACCCUGUUACCUGCAGAAGGGACCCAGACAGUAUUGAGCCCCAUGGUGACCUGUGGACCCACGGGGCUGCUCCUUUGCCGCCCGGUCAUCCUCACAGUCCCCCACUGUGCUGAGGUCAGCUCCAGUGACUGGAUCUUCCAGCUGAAGACCCAGUCUCACCAAGGGAAUUGGGAGGAGGUUGUGACUCUAGAUGAAGAGACCCUAAACACCCCUUGCUACUGCCAGCUAGAAACCAAGUCCUGCCACAUCCUUCUGGACCAGUUGGGCACCUAUGUGUUCAUGGGGGAGUCCUACUCCCGCUCGGCCAUCAAACGGCUCCAGCUGGCCAUCUUUGCCCCUGCACUGUGCACCUCUCUGGAGUAUAGCCUCAGGGUUUACUGCCUGGAAGACACACCUGAUGCGCUCAAGGAGGUGCUGGAGCUGGAGAAGACCCUAGGUGGGUACCUGCUGGAAGAGCCCAAGCCCUUGCUCUUUAAGGACAGUUACCACAACCUUCGCCUUUCCAUCCACGAUAUCCCCCAUGCCCUGUGGAGAAGCAAGCUGCUGGCCAAGUACCAGGAGAUUCCAUUCUACCACAUCUGGAGUGGCAGCCAGAAGGCCCUGCAUUGUACUUUCACCUUGGAAAGAUACAGCCUAGCCUCCACAGAACUCACCUGCAAGAUCUGUGUGCGGCAAGUGGAAGGGGAAGGCCAGAUAUUUCAGCUACAUACAACACUGGCAGAGACAGCUGCUGGGUCCCUAGAAAACUUCUGCUCUGCACCCAGUAGUUCAGUUACCACACAGCUGGGGCCCUAUGCCUUCAAGAUCCCAUUGUCCAUCCGGCAGAAGAUCUGCAAUAGCCUCGAUGCUCCCAAUUCCCGGGGAAACGAUUGGAGGCUGUUGGCCCAGAAACUGUCUAUGGAUCGGUACCUGAACUAUUUUGCCACCAAAGCAAGCCCCACAGGGGUGAUCCUGGAUCUGUGGGAAUCCCUGCACCAGGACGACGGUGACCUCAACACCCUGGCCAGUGCCUUGGAGGAAAUGGGCAAGAGUGAGAUGCUGGUGGUCAUGGCCACGGAUGGUGACUGCUGAUGCCACCCUGACUGCCACCUCAUGAACACAGGAAGGGUGGAACUGUAGGGAGCAGGACAGGAUGAGAGCACAGGGCAAAAAAUGAGGGGUGAGUUUAGGGAUGGGGCAAUGUCCCCGCCCAUCUCACCCCAUGACUGCAGACAGGGGUCUCCUCAUUCUCUUCCUCUUCCUCCUCCCUCUCUCACCUACCAUAACCAGCCUUAGAAAAUCUACACACUUCAUUGUCAAGAGAGCCUAGAAUCCCCCAUCCCCAGGUUCUAUCUCUUCUUACUCCAACCCUCCUGCCACAGGGAGCUUGGGACCAAGGGCUCUGCCGUGACAAGAGUCUCAGUCAACGGGGGAGGUGACCCCUCUACCACCACCCCACAAACACAUGUAUGCACAGCAGCUCCCAGGCCCUCAGAGACCAGGGCUUCUCUAAGGCUUCUGGGUUGGGUUUUCUUUUUGUUUCUUUUCAAUGAUGGGUUUCUCUCUCUUCCCAAUGCCCCACCCUUCUCUCCUCCCUUAAUUCCAUUUUAUGCUUUGAAGAAGUCCAGUAGGACCUUGACAAACUGCUUUCUUCUGUCGAAAAGAGAGAGGGAGAAAGAGAGAACUUUAGAUAGAUGACUAUUCAAAGGUCAAAGAAGAAAACCACAAAAGCCACAAAGAAGGAAAAAAGAGGGGAAAAAACCCAGUUUCUUAGGAAACGCAAAAUGAUUAUUAUCCAGAUAUUUGGAUGAGUCCUUUUUAAGAAAAAAAAAAGAAAGAAAACUAAAAACAAACAAAAAAAUUUAAAAACUGUUUUCUUGAGUGGAUGAAUGUGUGAAUUUGGGGGUAUGGAAAUGAGUCAGAGUAGAGCAUAGGAAUGAAGGAGGGAGGGAGACCAAUAGAGCUUGGCUAGGAAAGUUUUCAUUUCCAAAAUCAAUGUUGGACUAAAUUCAGAAGGGAUUGCACCUAACAAGGAGGCUAAAUCAUCUGGCCUUCCUCGGCUCCAAGAUGCCUAGAGUUGGUCCCCAACUCUGUGACAUGGGGAGAGAGUUAAAGAAAGAAGUCUCUCCUGAGUGGGAGAGAGUAUGGGAAUCUGGUCCAGGGUGGAGAACAGCGUUGAGUUUUGGAGAAGUCAUAAAGACACCAUGUGUCCUUGGCAUCUAGAAGAAUCAGUAACCAAAAAGGGCCCCAGUUUCCCCUGCACCUCAGCACUUCAGAAGCCUAUCUGUCCACCUGGUGAGUACCCAACAAGGGUGAAAGGAAAGAUGCUACAAACUUCACAUCCUGGACUGUGCUCUUGGAUACUAAACAGCAACCCAUGAUCAUGGCUGGCCUUGGGCUUCCCAUCCUGAUUAGAAGCCUGGGUUUGCUGCUUAGUAAUCACCUGGAAUCAGGGGAGACCCCACUGGAAAGAGUUGAACCUUUGGUUGGAGAGCUAUGACCAGGGGGUCAUGGAGUACUGGAUGAUGUCAGUCCUUGACAUCUGUCAAGAACCAAAGCUAUUAUGGGACUCAGAAGGGAUGGUUGAUAGCUUAACUUACAAAUGAAGACAGCUUGUCCCGCUCAUUUAACAAAGGAGAUUGGAGUGUAUAUCAUGAACCAUGAAUGACACAUGGGGAACUCCAAGUGGUUAGUUAUUCGUUGUUCUGUCCUUCCUACAUCCCAGAUGAAGGUUGAGUUCUCAACAUCGGGGCUUGGGUAUGUGGGGAAAAGAAUAAGAGAAACAAACCCAGACUGGAUUGCAUAUGGUGGGGAGUUGAAAAUAGGCUGAAUCCCAUAAACUGAACCAGAUUUGGGAGGGCAGCAUUGAGGCAUCUCUAAGUAGCUGACCACGUUGGGUCAGCUGAGCAGGGGCAAAAGGCUUACCCCCUCCACAGACAAUGGGGCACCAAACUGUCCCGUGUAUGGAUCCUGAGAGUGAUGGACUUCCUGAUGUAGUGAAAAAAUAUGAAAUUAGGCAUCAUCGGGGUUCUAGUCUUGGCUACGCCAAUGACAAGCUAUAUGGCUGUGAUGAAAUCAUUUCAUAUCUCUAGACCUCAGUCAGGAUCCUUCCUUAAAAAAGGAGGGACAGGUUGGACAAGAGGUCCUUAGAAGUACUUAUUUGAUUCUUUCUCACAGUUCCUCAGAAAAGGGUACUGUCUCUCCUAAGGAGAGUGCCAUGGAAUAGCAAGAGUGCCCACAGGUCUUGGAUUCUGUUCCCAACUUCCUACCUGUGUGACUUUGAGAAAGUGCCCUAACGACUCUGAGCCCCAGAUUUCUCCCCUCUGUAUAAGGAGGGAGGAGGCAUUAGGACCAGAUGACCACUGUGGUUCAUUCCACCUCUAAAUCCAGGAUCCCCUCUGGAAAAGAAGAUGUUUGGGGUGGGGGAGGAAUGCCAAGGCAAAGGGUGGCAUUGUCUGGUUUUGCCAGGCUAGGAAUUGCCAUCCCUGCUUCCCCAGGGGUCAUUUCCAAAGACUGGGUCCUCUUGGGGUGCUUCCAUCCUUAGAAAGGUCUCUUCUGGGUGCUAUUAUACAAGGUAAUUUGAAUGGAAGCCUCUGGACUAGUUCUGGACUAUUUUAACAGAUGGAGAACUUGAGGCAAUAUGUGUGUUCUAUCUACCUCCUUGUGGCUGUGCCUGGCACAACAGGGAACCCCUCCUAUACCUUAGCAGAAGAGCCAGUAGUUAGAUGGGGCUGUCUCGGGAGGAAUGGCUAAGGAGUGAGACUCCUCGCGCUAGCUUGGCAUCAAAAACCACACUUAAAUCUUCACUUUCUGGGAGAGGGAUGGAAAGGGUAGGAAAACCAAGGAAGAGGCACGAAAGGGACACAGAGGAUGGCUAAGGAGGAUCAAGUCUGGUUUCUUAGUACUGGCUCUUGAGGGGAGGCUGGCUUGCCCUGGCUGGCCCCAUCCCAUGGCAAACACUUGGUAUUUACAAUUUACAGGCUAAUAACUAGCUCAUAUUUCCAUUCACACACCCUAACCCAGACCAGGAGCUAAGUACCAGCUCCCCCAGGGCUACUCCUGGCUAUUAUCUUGGGACCUUGGGGAACAUGUGCCAUCAUGCAGUUGCUGGGAAUUCGCAGGAGCGCCGGGCAGAGCACCGUGCCUUUGAAGAUGCUAUUGGUGGGGGAAGGAGGCUCUUUACAGCGUGCGGAGUUCGGAUAUCCAGCAUCAGAGGCUGUGAGCUGGAGGCUCGAUAAUGGUUUUCUCACCACUGCUGGGGGAACGGGGAAAGGGAGAGAGGAAAUGAGAAUGGGGAAGUCGCCCCGGGGCCUCUCUCUUUCUCAGGAUGGGUCAAAAUCUGACUACUGGGUCUAGAAGACCUUUCCAGUGCUUUGGGGGAGGGAGUGGGAAUUAUCUGAAGUCCAAGGAUACCACAACUCAGGGUGUUUUUCCCAAAGGAGGAAGAGAUACCAUACAAUUCAGUUGAGUGGGGGAGAAUGGGGUAGCACGGGCAGCCAUCUUGCAUGGGGCCAUUGUGGAGCCACAACUGGUGGAGUUUUCACCUUUUAAUCGCCACGUCUCUGGAUACUCUCUUCAAGGGCUCAAUAGGGAAAUGUUAGCCAUUGGCUUGGGGCCCUUCUUCAAGGCAAAUUGAACACUAAAACAACUUAAUCACAGGGACAGGGGAAGGUGGAUGGCACAGUGGAUACAUAACCAGACCUGGAGUCGUGAAGACCUGAGUUCAAAUCCAGCUUUAUACACUAGCUAUAUGACUCUGGAUAAAUUGCUUAACUCUGUUUGCCUCAGUUUCCUCAUCUGUCAAAUGAGCCAGAGAAGGAAAUGGCAAGCUAUUCUAGUACUCUUACCAAGGAGUCAUGAAGAGUCUGGCAUGACUGAACAAUAAUCACAGGGAUUGGGCACCCAAAGAAAUACAAAUUCCCCUUUAUUUGAGAGAUAAGGAAACUGAAGACCUGACCCAGAGAAGGGGAAGUCAUGCAGUUAGCAAAAUAGGAUUGGAACUUGGAGUGGAUCUCUGACUUCCAAGUCCAAUGCUUUCACCCCUUGUGCCAUAUUGUAUCUCAGAUAGAAGGGAGUAGCUUGACUGGGAUUGCUCAGGAACCCAAGGGCUACAGGGAAAUAAAGAGAGCUCCUGACCUGGAGUCAAAAGAACUGAAUUCAAGUAUUGAGUCUCCAUUUUGCGACUCAUUCCCGUGGAUAUAUCAUCAGAGGGACUGAGGAUUGAAACAUAAGCCCCAUUUUCCUCUGGGGACAACCCUGAGAGAAGUCACAACGUCAGUUCCUUAUUUUUAAAAUGGCAGCACCUGGGGAUGAACCAGAUGAUUUUCUAACUGUGUAUCUAAGAUCCUGCAGUCCAGUAUCUGGUUCCUCAUUUUCCUUAUCAAUUGAAUGAAGAUGGUAAACUCGAUAUAAUUUCCUCGAUCCCAAGUUCAAUGAUUCUGUCAUCUUCAAGGGAAAUUCUGAGAAGAAACCCCAGAGCCUACUUCUCUGCCUCCAGUUGCCUCAGUUUCCCAGCCCCCUUUCCUCCUCUGUUGCCUUUUUUCCUGACCCCAGACACCCUACUCUCUGCUCAUUCUAUGCACCCCUCUUGGGUUCUGUGGGGCCCACAGUUGCGAUGGCAGGACAAUUUACAUCAACCACAAAGGGAGAGGAGGGUCAACCUGAUUCCUAGGAAUUGUGGGAAAAGCUCGAAGCCCAGAACCAAUUUGGACUGUGCCUCCUAGGAAGGAUUUUGGUGCCUGUGUUUAGAAAAAGGCCUCGUAAAGGGUUUCCUGGUCCCCUUAUCCACAUGGUUUCUGCUGGUAAAAUUGUCUCACAAAUCUAGCAGGGGUGAGGGGGUGCUGCAGGCAGGGGAUGGAUUUCUACAUUUCUCCUAGUUCUCAGUCGACCUAAAGGAGUGUGUGUGUGUAUGUGUGUGUGUGUGUGUGUGUGUGUGUCCGUGUGUCUGUGCCCUACUUACUACAUACGAUGUAUGCUCACUCAUUUGUCCCCAGUUUGGAUAUCUCAAGUUUGGAGUGUCUAGACCUUGCCCCCAGGACUGCGACAUCAUCAUCUCUCCAUCCUCUGUGUGCCUCUGUCUCUGCUCUCCAUCUCCCUGGCCCUCUCUGUAUCUCUCUCUCCUUUGUGACUGAGAUAUCUCCAGUGGCUCAGAGAGCUCCGGGGUCCUCAAAGGGGCCUCUCCAGACCCCAAAAGGGACCAACAGCUCUUUCUGGGUCCCCAGUGGAGAGGGAGGCACCCAGAGGGGAGGCAUCCAACAGCUGGGGAGAGAAGAGCAUCUUUCCAGGGGUAAAGGGCCAAUUGCUAUGCUCAGUGGGCAUCUUCUUUUCCUAUUUCUACAUGACAGGGGUGGGGAAGGGAGGCCAGGGGCUCGAAUGACAGCUCCUGAACCUGUAGCUGUUUCUUCUGUAAACUCCAAACCUGUAAAUAAUGUCUAGCGUUCCUAUUGUAACAAAUUAAUUUUUAUGCAAUAAAUUAUAUUUCCUAGUCUAAUAAAAAAAUGAAACCAGGCAA